AUGUCACAACCACAAGUUUAUCAAGAAAAGACUAAUGAAUUACAAGCUGCAUUGUUGACCUUGACUAAUACUCAAACUCAGUUCAUGACUGAAACUAGAGCAUCCAUAAAAAAUAUGGAGAGUCAAGUUGGUCAAUUGGCAAGUAUGUUGAAUAACAUACCACAAGGGAAUUUUCCUAGUACUGUAUUGAACCCAAUGGAGCAAUGCAAUGCGAUAUCAUUGAGGAGUGGUAGGGAAUUAGAAAAGCUAGCCAAGAUGACUAUUCGGUUACAAAAAGUGGUUGAUGAGAAGAAGGAUAAGGUGGAAGAAGAGGCUAAUGAAAGCCUCGAUAAGAAGCAGUCACCUGUGAGUUUUAAGCACCACAUCAAAAUCCCAUAUCCUCAGAGGCUGGAAAAGAAGAUGCUUGACAAGCAGUUUUCCAAGUUCUUAGAUGUUUUUUCAAAACUUCACAUCAACAUUCCCUUUGCUGAGGCAUUUGAACAAAUGCUGAGUUAUGUGAAGUUCAUGAAGGAAAUAUUGUCGUAG